AUGGAAUACGGAGAUAUGGUAUGGCGGAGACGAAGCGAUCACUAUAUCCAGGCGGAUCAUCCCGCCAUUCAACCUCAAGUGCUCAAGCUUUCUGGUCGCGAUAUGAUGCGGAGUAGGUUGGUGACUGAUGCUUUCAAAUUGUGGAUUGCGUUGGAUAUGAAUGAACUCCCUCCGAGAUGCGGUAAAGGCGAAUGUGCGAAUGUCUGGGUUCGUCUCACAAUCCAUGUCCGAGGGCUAGGUCUAAGACUAGAUCAUUCGCACCACAUCGGGCACGGGCCCUAUAUUUCCGAACCCAGACGGCUAUCGACUACGAACGAGGAAUGGAGGCCCGGUCUUCAAUGUAUCGAAGCCGGAUUCCAUGCUGAGGAACGGGAAGACUGGGAGCACACCGGUGGAACAGUGGCUCCACACGUUGCUUCGUCGGAUAUUCAUCCUUACUACGGACUUCCUGAGAAGGCUCGACUGCAUAGCAUGUCGUCGAACGACGAGUCCCCUCCACCCACUUAUGAUAAUGUCUCCAUGCAGUUCGCUAUGCUAUCCGCAACGGCAACAAAGUCACCUACUUCUCGAUUUACCAUCUCCGAGGGUCGUGAAUUCGAAGCUGUGGCAAGGCGUAUGGAGGCCGUAGCGACAAGAAUGCACUGGUGUCCCUCUUGCCGUCACAAGGCCAAGGCUGGUGACAAAAGAUUCAAAGGGAAUGAUGAAUCAAGCGAGGCGGGCGAAGUGGUUUACAGCCAUCUUUCCGAGAACGGAUCCCUAGAUAGGCAUUGGGGCGAAAGUGGCACCUCGAAAUCUCUAGUAAUUUUCGCUAUUAGCUUAUUAAUCGCUCUCCGUUCCACAAGGGGCGUAAAUUUUACGGCGUAUGUUUGUACAAACUCUAUUGCAAUGUUCUUGCAUAGUUGCAGACGUGAUGCAGCUGGAAAGUGUGCUCCCGAACGUUCGGAGGAUCAUUCGCGGCUUCUGCUGUGAUUCGAUGGCUCAGGACCGCACACGAAACUUGGACUGAAAGAAACAAACGUCACUUCAUAGCCGAUUGUCAAAACCGGGCCGGAAUCCGUAAAUCAGAAAAUCGUUGGAACGGUUUUGCCCCACUUUCGUCU